CAAAACUAAUCUAAUAACCCCAACAAAAAGAACCUUCUCCCAAUGCCUAUAAAUAUAACAUGAUUCCUCUCCCAUUCCCAUCACCAAAUCAACAACACACCGGACAAUUUUCCAAACUACACAUACUAUUAAUUAUUUCCAAUUCCACUAUUAUUCCCCUAAUCACAAAAUAUGCCAUCCAUAUCUUUGGUCAAUUCCUCACCAAUAUUAUUCCAUCCAUUUUCACCCUCCAAGCCAUGUUCUAAAGGCAAGAAAACGAAUUCGUUUGCUCCAAUUAAGGGUUCCAUGAGAGGAUCAGCGGAUCAGAACUUCAGUGGAAGGUUGGUGGAUGAGGGCAUGAUCAUACUGAGGAAGAGGAUCCAUGAGAUGAACAUGAUAGAGAGGAACUAUGAGCCACCAUCGGAUUGGAUGGAUUGGGAGAAGCGGUAUUAUACCAAGUAUGACUCCAUCAUAUGUGAAGCAGUGGGAGUUUUGCAGACCCAGUUGAUGAAUACUAGGCCAAGUUUGGCCCUUGGAGCCAUGGCUUUGGUUGCAAUCAGUGUUCCAACUUCUUCUGCUGUGCUUUUCUUUCAUUUGUUUGAGUUGGCCAAGGCUGUUUUGGCUGCGGCUCAUCUUGGCUAGCUAGAUUACAAUAUUAAUUGUUCAUUAAAUGCUUUGAAUUGGUGGUUUGGUAUUUUGAAAAACCAUUCAAUUCAUUUAAAUUAUACUCCUACAUAUAUAGAGCUUCAUGUAUAGAAUUUUACUCCAUCUGAUCUGCUGUUAGGUUUGAGGAUGGGUAUAGAUAAGUUUAUCCAAUAGUAAUGCAGUUGUUUCGUCAUUUGUGACCUAUACAACUCGUGUAAUUAAAUGCUAUGAUUUGACCCUCUUUACAUUGAGUUGCUUUUACUUGAAGAAUAAUGUUGUCAUC